AUGCUGGGAAACCGGACUGCGGAAGGUGUUGGAGAAUUUUGGGAACACUGCCUCACAUUGCCCGAAUGGCGAAAUCAUCCAACAUUUGCAGACCCUUCAGUGUCGAAAAAAAGUGUCAUACCACUUUCCUUCCACAUGGAUGGAGCCGAGUUUUACAGGGACACUGAAUUCAAUGUCUGGAGUAUGAGCAGCAUCUUGAGUGCAGGAGAUGUAAAGUCGCAGGUCCACAAAGCCAUCGCAAAGCUCCUGGCAUGGUCACUGACUUGGGCAAGUGCUGGCAUCUUCCCAUCUCAGGGUCUUGGUGGUGAGGAAUUUGGGAAGAAGACGUACCGGUAUGCCAACAAGGGAAACAAGUUGAGUGGCGGUUGGAGGGCUGCCUAUUGGGCCUUCCGAUAUGAUGGUAAAGCUCGUGUUGAAUGCAACGAAUUUGAACGGUACUACAAAUGCAAGUUUAUCUGUGAGUCAUGUCUAGCCCAACAACGAUGCAAAGACUUUGACCCCAACUUACUCUAUGCUGACUUCAGGGAAUCAUCCCCAAGACACUUGACAAUGAUCGAUGAUGCCACCUAUCGCCAAACGGCCAAGACAAUCUCACCAUACAGUUGCAUCAGUGGUUGGACGCUGGGUACUUGUCUACGGGACAUGCUUCACGUGAUCUACCUGGGUACUGCCAAAGAUUUGAUUCCCUCUUUGCUAGCGGACUGGUUAGAUCAUGGACUACUUGGUGGACCUCACAUGACUGUCAACGACCGUCUCAAAGUGUUUUCGAUCGAGAUGCAUCGGGUUUUCAAACAGGAGAAGAUACCCAGUUUUGUUUAA